AAAGUCAAAGAAAAAAAAAUGUCCCACUCCUCCGAAGAGACGCCGCUCCUCUCGCCCGAGCUCAGCUCGCCCGAGCGCCCGCCGCCGUCGACAUCGUCGCGGGUCCGCCCCAAGGUGGUCAACCGCAUGACAUCGAGCGCGCCGCAGCCGGAGCGGCCGCACGUCGAGGCGCACAUGGGCCAGUACGACAGCAUCAUGCGCGACGUCAUCAUCGGCUUCUCGGACGGCCUGACGGUGCCCUUCGCCCUGACCGCCGGCCUGUCCUCGCUCGGCGACUCGAGGAUCGUCAUCAUGGGCGGCCUCGCCGAGCUCUGCAGCGGCAUGAUCAGUAUGGGCCUAGGCGCCUACCUGGCGGCCGAUACCGAGCGGCAGCAUUGGGAAGCCGAACUGGAACGCGAGUCCGCCGAGGUCGACGCGUGCCCGGCCGUGGAGCGCACCGAGAUAUACGACAUCCUCGCCCGCUACGGCGUCGGCCGCGAGGCCGCCGCCCCGCUGGUGGCCGAGCUGACGGCCUCCAAGGACCGGUGGGUGCGCUUCAUGAUGGACUUUGAGCUGCGCCUGCCCGAGCCCGACGUCGGCCGCGCCUGGGCUUCGGCCGCCACCAUGGGGCUGAGUUACUUCGUCGGCGGCCUGAUCCCCAUGCUGCCCUACUUCUUCCUGAGCCGCACCGACCGCGCCCUGCUCGUCUCGGUCGCCAUCACCGUCGUCAUCCUGCUCAUCUUUGGCUUCCUCAAGAACUGGCUGGCCAUCCGCACCCGCAAGGCCGGCCUUUGGGGCUCGGUACAGACCCUGAUCGUCGGUGCGCUCGCUGCCGGCACGAGCUACGCCAUCGUCCGCGCGCUGGAUCACGGGAAUGUGUAAGUCGCAGGAUCUAAUUACGAAAGGAAUUUGGGACGGCGUUGGGGAUCGAGUCAUGUCAUGGGCGCUUGCUCGGGGUUGUAAUAUCAUUAGUAUCAAGUCCGGGCCGCUCCUCCCGAUCAUGACGAUUAAUGCCUGGGAAUAAUCAUCGCUUUCUAUCCACAUGUUGAGGUUGAUAAACCGGCACGGGAAAUGGGAAUGGAACGGGAGAU